UUAGAUGGCGCAGAAUGCACUUGUCGACGUUUUCCUUUCAUCGUCGUCAACUAUGGCGACGAAAGAAGUUAGGUUAUGUUAGGUUAAGUCUUUAGUUGUCAGUUUAAACAUGCUCAUAAGCUUGACGUUAAUUUUUUUAGUGUAACAAAUGAAACGGAUGCGAAUGCAGAACGGAAAUACAGACAACAUGUCAUAUUUGCGUGACUGGAGGCAAGCAUUACGUACUCCGCACGUCUACAGAGUUGCCAACAGUACUUUUCGUAUUCAAAGUCAAUAUUUGGCACUAAUUUUCGUAUUACUGAGUGUUCCUUUAUUUUUACUCGGCUUUCCUUUGUUGCGUGGAAGUAUUCGUUCUUCGACAUCGAAUGAGUAUUUAACUCAGUGCCGGUAUCACAAGUACAAUAAGACAUACCCUUUAUCGACUCCGAUUAGAACUUCAAAUGGAAUUACCUAUAGAAUAGGUAUGGUGAGCGAUCUUGAUCAUGAUUCCAAAAGUUUAGACAAAAAGAAUGUGUGGCACAGCAUCAUGAAGACUGGAAGUCUCUUUUGGAAUCCUACCACGAAUUUUCUUUCUAUCGUUUGGGAUGAUAGAAACCAUAUGUUAACAUCAUCGUUAACUAUGAAAGGACGUGGCAUGGAAUUGUCAGAAUUAGUUACCUUUGAUGGACGUUUACUGUCUUUCGAUGAUCGUACCGGAGUAGUAUACAUUAUCGAAGGAGAGGAAGCAUAUCCUUGGGUCAUAUUAAUGGAUGGUAAUGGCAAAAACUCUAAAGGAUUUAAAUCUGAAUGGGCAACUGUUAAAGACGAACACCUAUACAUUGGCAGUAUGGGCAAAGAAUGGACUACCCCAUCAGGAGAAUUUUUACACAAUAAUCCACUAUGGAUAAAAGUAUUAUCUCCUCGUGGUGAAAUUCAUUCUUUGAAUUGGAUUUCAAAUUAUAAACGAUUAAGGCAAGCCAUCGAUAUUGAGUAUCCGGGUUAUGUGAUUCAUGAAUCAGGAGCUUGGAGCGAUAUACAUAAAAGUUGGUUCUUUCUACCAAGACGAUGUUCUCGUGAACGUUACAAUGAAACUACAGAUGAAACAAUGAGUUGUAAUGUUUUAUUAAUGACGGAUGAAAAUUUUGUAGAUAUCAAGGUUAUCAAAAUUGGUACUUUAAUUCCACUUAGAGGUUUCUCGAGUUUCAAAUUUCUACCAGGCUCUCAAGACUCAAUUAUCGUGGCUCUUAAAACCGAAGAAUAUCAAGGACAGACUGCCACGUACAUCACGGCAUUUACACUCGAUGGAGUAAUUUUAAUGCCGGAAGUUAAAGUAGUAGAUAAGAAGUUCGAGGGACUAGAAUUUAUUUAACAUUCCGCUUAGGAAUAGUAUUAUUUAAUUUAAAAAAAUUAUGUAAAUAAAUGUACAGAUUUUAUAGUACAAUCUUGUUAUCAAACAU